AUGGGGUUCUGGAAGUUCCCCCCAUUCUUGGUCCUCAGCAUCCUGGUCUUGUACCAGGCAGGCAUGUUUCAUGCAGCACCAUUCAGGUCUGUUGAUGGGCGUUUUGAUCCUGCUACCCGGGAUGAGGAGGAAUCGCGCCUCCUACUGGCUGCAAUGGUGAAUGACUACGAGCAGAUGAGGGCCCGGGAGUCGGAGAAGGCUCAGAAGACCGAGGGCUCCCGCAUCCAGAAGAGAGCCUGCAACACUGCCACCUGCAUGACCCAUCGCUUGGCAGGCUGGCUGAGCAGAUCUGGGAGUAUGGUGAGGAGCAACUUGCUGCCGACCAAGAUGGGUUUCAAGAUCUUCAGUGGGCCCCGCAAGAACUUCUGGUUUUAA